AUGUUGACACGAGCGAGGAAAAGGCAAAUGACGACGGCGACGGAACGGACCCCAAAUCCGUCACUGCCUGAUGACGUAAUGGUGAGCAUCUUUGCACGCGUGCCGAUAUCUUAUUACCCAUGUCUCUAUCUCGUCUCCAAGCGCUUUCAGUCUCUCCUUGUCUCACCCGAGCUACACAAGACUCGAUCCCUCCUAGGGCGCCGCAAGGAGAAUUUUCUCUAUGUGUGUUUAACGUUUCCUACUGACCCCAACCCUCGCUGGUUCACUCUCUGCCGCAAACCUGACCAAGCCCUAACCAAGAGUAAGAGAAAGAAGAAGUCAAGUGGCAACGUUUUGGCCCCAUUCACAACGUUUAGUUCUCCUAAAAUUGAACGACGGUCCUGUCUCGAGGCGAUUGGCUCAAAUAUCUACAAGAUCGGGAGAUCCACUAAAGACGAGCCUCAGCCUUCAUCUAGCGUCUUGUUCUUGGACUGCCGGUCUCACACGUGGCGUGAGGCUCCAAGCUUUCUGGUGGAGAGGAGUAGCCCUCUUAUUGCUAGUGUUGUUGGUGGAAAGAUUUAUGUCUUAGGAGGCACCAAAGAUCAUGAUGUAGAUCCUUGGGACCAGAUCGAGAUGUUCGACUCGGAGACACAAACUUGGGAUCACGUUCCGAAACAUAACUUGAAGCUAGAUGUUUGGGGGUUUAACCGCAGGAUCGCAUGUGUUGAUGGUAAGCUCCACCUGAAGAUUGAGAAACAGUAUGUUGCUUAUGAUCCAAUGGAAAUUAGAUGGGACGUGGUCGAAAGAGACAUGUUUCGGCAUCGGAGUCCGUCUAUUCAUGAGAGGUUGGCUUAUUGCACGGUAAAUAAUGUUUUCUACCGUUAUAGUUAUUGCCAUACUGGGGACACGUUAAAAUGGUAUGACACUGAGUCGGAAGAGUGGAAGAAGGUGAAGGGUGUGCUAAGACUUCCAAAGUUUCAUGAGAGCCCUCUUAUUAGGUUGGCUGAUUAUGGUGGGAAAAUGGCGGUGUUGUGGGAGAAGCUGGAUUCAUGUUCUAGUGGCUUGAAGACGCUUUGGUGUGCGGUGAUUAAGCUUGAAAGGCGAAAGGAUGAUGAGAUUCGGGCGAAGGUUGAGUGGGUUGAUGGUGUGCUUCAAGUCCCUUACUCAUAUGAAUUUGUGAAGGCUCUUGGUGUUACUGUUUGA